AUGGAGGUGCCACUGGUCAACUUCGAGAACAUGGACGACGUAAACAUCAACCUGGGCGACCCCAACGACUCGGGGUACCCCACCUCCCCCACCUCCGAGGCGCCCGAGCAGCUGGCCGGGGCCACCAACCGCCGGCCGUCCACGCGCCAGUCUCCCCGGCGCGGCCGCCGUUCCCAGGGGGAGCUCUCCCCCGCCACAGGCCGCAAGGGGACCAGCAGCGGCAGCCUGAUCUCCAACCUCAAGCUGCUGAUCCACAGCGAGUCGCCCACCGACAGCGUCUUCAGCAAGGCGGUGCGGGACUGCUGCGACAACGAGGACUUCCUGCUGGAGAAGCAGGUGGUGGAGGUGCGCGACGAGAAGGUGGUGAUCAACGUGUCGGGCCUGAUGUACGAGACGCAGCUCAGCACCCUGAACCGCUUCCCGGAGUCGGUGCUGGGGUGCCCCGUGAAACGGAUCAAAUACUUUGACCACAUGAAGAACGAGUACUUCUUCGACCGCAACCGGCCAUCUUUUGACGGCAUUCUGUACUUCUACCAGUCGGGGGGGAAGCUCAAACGUCCAGCCAAUGUACCCUUAGAUGUUUUUGCCGCUGAGAUCGUGUUUUACGAGCUGGGGAACGAGGCGAUGGAGCAGUUCCGCGAGGACGAGGGCUUCGUCACCGAGGCGGAGGUCCUCCUGCCCACCAACGACAUACACCGGCAGUUCUGGCUCCUGUUCGAGUACCCCGAGAGCUCCAGCGCCGCCCGCUCCGUGGCCCUUGUGUCCGUGAUGGUCAUCGUCAUCUCCAUCUUCAUCUUCUGCCUGGAGACACUACCGGAGUUCAGGGACGACCGAGACGUUGUGCCGAGCGUGACCCAGCUCAUCAACGGCACUGCGGUCACGUCCCUGGCCCACGUUCUCCCCAAGACCUUCAUGUCCUACAUGACGGACCCCUUCUUCGUGGUGGAGACCAUCUGCAUCGUCUGGUUCUGCUUUGAGCUCUGCGUGCGCUUCGUGGUGUGCCCCAGCAAGAGCGCCUUCUUCAACAACAUCAUGAACAUCAUCGACAUCGUCUCCAUCACGCCCUACUUCGUCACCUUGGGAACCGAGCUGGCCGCCGACCCGGACGAAGACCUCGACAGCAGCCAGAACGCCUCGCUGGCCAUCUUGCGGAUCAUCCGUCUCGUGCGCGUUUUCCGAAUCUUUAAACUCUCCCGACACUCCAAGGGGCUCCAGAUCCUCGGCCAGACCCUGAAGGCCAGCAUGCGCGAGCUGGGCCUUCUCAUCUUCUUCCUCUUCAUCGGCGUCAUCCUCUUCUCCAGUGCCAUCUACUUUGCCGAGGUAGACGAGCCGCACACCCAGUUCGUCAGCAUACCCGACGGGUUCUGGUGGGCCGUGGUCACCAUGACCACCGUGGGCUACGGCGACAUGUGUCCCAUCACCAUCGGGGGCAAGAUGGUGGGCACCCUGUGCGCCAUUGCCGGCGUGCUGACCAUCGCGCUGCCCGUCCCCGUCAUCGUCUCCAACUUCAACUACUUCUACCACCGCGAGACGGAGCAGGAGGAGAAGCAGAUCAUAGACGCUGCGACGGAGGCCACCCAGAAGUCCAUGGCGGCGGCGGCGGCGAGCAACAGGUACGGGAGCACGCCUUCGCUGACAAAGAGCAACGGCACCUGGCAGAAUGAGAAGAACGGCGUACAGUGA